AGUACGUCGUAUUAGCCAUAGGGUUCAUGUUGUUACGACAUCUACGGAACUUCAGUGACAGCAGCAGGAAGACCGUGUAUCGGUCAUUUCAAGUUUUAAGAGUCUGUUCAGUCUGCUUUUCUGCAGAUUGUGAAUGGCCUGUUUUUGUAGUUAAAGCCGUGCAUUUCUAGAUUUCUAGGAUUCAUGGACGUAAUGCUUAUAGAUUGAGCCGUAGGGCUGUCUGUUCGAUCAGUGAAAACGCCUGCAGCGAGAAGCCUUGACUCUAGACAACCCUAUUGUAGCCUAAAUAACUUUAUUGUAAAAGCUAGUAAAUUUACGUCUUUAUUGCAACUGUGAAAUGGAUCUAUUGAGCGACGUUGGCACCCUUGUAGGGUGUUUUAUAGGUUUUGCAAUUGGAGGUCUGAUAUUAGCUACAUACAAACUUGGCUUGCUGUACCAGUUGUUACACAAGACUGAGACAAAGAGCCCACGUCAUGGAGGAGAGAGUGUGGCCGAGGUUCUGCGUGCCCACGGCGUCAAAUUUGUCUUCACCCUAGUUGGGGGACACAUCUCUCCCAUCCUGGUGGCCUGUGAGAAACUGGGCAUCCGCAUCGUGGACACCCGGCACGAAGCCACCGCCGUCUUUGCCGCUGACGCUGUGGCCAGGCUCUCUGGCACUGUAGGUGUCGCUGUUGUGACUGCAGGUCCAGGUCUCACGAACACAGUAACAGCAGUGAAGAAUGCCCAGAUGGCCGAGUCUCCCCUGCUGCUAAUGGGUGGAGCUGCUGGUACUCUGCUCCAGGGCAGAGGAGCGCUGCAGGACAUCGACCAGAUGUCUCUCUUCAAGCCGCUGUGCAAGUUCUGCGCCUCCGUCAGAACUGUGAGGGAGAUCAUCCCCACCGUGCGAAAGGCCCUGGCUAUUGCUCAGUCAGGAACCCCUGGUCCUGUCUUCAUAGAGUUUCCCAUUGACACUCUCUACCCCUUCCACCUGGUCUCCAAGGAAUUUGGAGUCAAAAAUACCCCCAAAGGGCUGAUGGGAAAAGUAGUCACAUGGUAUCUUCAAAACCAUUUAAUUAACCUGUUUGCUGGGGCCUGGGAAAAGAGAGAUGUGUCCCCACUUCCUGUUCACAUCCCACAGGCCACAGACGACCAGGUCCAGAAGUGUGUUGAGCUUGUGAGCAGAGCUAAGAAACCUGUUAUUCUGCUGGGGAGUCAAGCAACACUGCCUCCAACACCUGCCAAUGAUAUAAGGAAGGCUCUGGAGUCCUUGGGUAUCCCGUGCUUCCUGGGUGGCAUGUCCCGGGGCAUGCUGGGAAGGGACAGUCCCAUCCACAUCAGACAGAACAGACGGGAUGCCCUGAAGGAUGCAGAUCUCGUGCUGCUGGCAGGUACUGUAUGCGACUUCAGAUUGAGCUAUGGCAGAGUUCUUAACAGGCGCAGCAAGAUCAUCGCCAUCAACAGAGACAAGACCCAACUACUCAAGAACUCUGACAUGUUCUGGAAACCCACUGUGGCCAUUCAGGGUGAUGCAGGUUCCUUCCUUCUUCGCCUUUCCAAAGGCCUUAAGGGCCAUAAAUGUCCAGAGGAAUGGCCCCAGAGUCUCAAGGCAGGAGACAUCAGCAAAGAAAAGGCCAACAGGGCCAAGGCUGAUGAGAAAACGGACCGACACCUGAACCCUCUGAACGUGCUCCACCGCGUGGACGAGAUGAUGGCGGAGGACGCCAUCAUCGUAGCGGAUGGAGGGGACUUUGUGGGGAGCGCUGCGUACAUCAUGAGACCGACAGGCCCGCUCCGCUGGCUAGACCCAGGGGCGUUUGGGACUCUGGGAGUUGGUGGCGGGUUUGCACUCGGCGCAAAGCUCUGCCGACCUGAGUCAGAGGUGUGGAUCGUCUAUGGUGAUGGGUCUCUGGGGUACAGUGUGGCAGAAUUUGAUACCUUCACCAGACACAAGACUCCGGUGAUUGCCCUGGUUGGUAACGAUGCGUGCUGGAGCCAGAUCUCCAGGGAACAGGUGCCCAUCCUGGGCAGCAACGUAGCCUGUGGCCUGGCCUUCACAGAUUAUCACAUAGUUGCUGAUGGUUAUGGAGGUAAGGGCUACCUGGUGAGGCGUGAAGAUGAGGACAAGCUGGAUGAGCUCAUCAAAGCAGCUCAGAAGGAGACCCGAGAGGGAAGAGCAACACUGCUGAACGUUCUCAUAGGCAAGACCAACUUCCGAGACGGCUCCAUAUCUGUGUAGAGUGGAGCAGAUCUCAACCGUUUCAAUCUUAUGCCUUCCGAUUUCAAAACCUAAAGCUCGUCAUGCGUGCUGUGGAAAUGGGUAUGUGCUGCCUGUCUUAAGAGAAAAGGGUCAAGUCAGGUACUCCUUUGUUUAUCAGCCUUUCCUGGUGUUUUCUAAUGUUUUAGACAUAGAAAUCAAUAAACUUAUUGUGUUUUUUUGCUUGAAUGAACCAAACCUGACAUGCCUUUUCUGCUGAUGUGACGUUGGCUAGUUAUAUUUACAACUGAGAUUACUACUAUCUAUUGGGAUAUUUAUUCAGUUUAGACAAAUGCCAUAUUUUAUUGGUGUCUCAGGACCGAGCCGUAGUCCAUAGCAGGGGUUGGCUUGAUAAAUAAAGAGGUAGAUAUCACACACAACAUGUUAUAUAUUCAGUAGUAGCCUGGUUUGUCAAUAGAAAGUCAUCAUGCCUAUUGUUUUUAUGUUACACCAAGCACCCCCACAGGUGCUUAAAAAAAAAGUGAUUUGUUCAAUUUGUCAGGGUUACAAUAAGUUAAUGGGCCAUGGGUGUGAGUGACCAAAUUAAAUUGAUUGUUUUUAGGGAACUUAACUCUGUUUAAAAUUGCUCUAGACAUUAAAUACUUAAAUCAUCUGAUGAUUUUAAGGCCUACUAAGCUACAACAUAUAAUUGAUCUAUAAAACUUUAUGCUGGUUGCGGGUGUGUAUAGUACAAAGGAAGUUUGCUGCAUGAGUGUGUAAAAGAGACUUUGCACCUGAGUAAUUCAUUUUGAGAUUUAAUUCCAGUUGGAUGAUGUGGUUAAAUCAAUGUUUAGGUUGGCAACUAUGCAGUCUCUGUAAGUAAUGAUUACAGUCAUAAUUUGUAUUGUGGGACACAAACGGAGCACGUUUGCCUUUUGUAUGAGAUUCUAGAAAGACCUUUAUUGAUACUACAAAAGGAAACCAAAACCAAAGGUCCUAUCAGGACAUUGCUCCCAAUGCGUUGCAGUAGAAUAAAGAAUGGCAAUCAG